UGCAGCAGUACUGGUGCAUGCAUGCACGGCGUGCAAACAGGAGCUCCCAUGUUUUGGAGUGACCAUGUGAUGUUGCUUACACACUUAAUGUUUGCAGGAGAGGUAGAGAGAGAGGGAUCAGUGCCAACAUAGCAGCAGCAACAGCGGCUUUCUGCUUUGAAAACCUGCACAUGCACAUUCAUAACUAAUUUUUUUUGUUUUUGUUUUGUUUUUUUCCCACUUCCCUUCUCUUCUUCAACCAGCUUCACAAUAAAGGACAAGAGGGCAGCAGUUAGACAUCAUCAUCAUCAUGCCGCUGAAUUCAAGUUUGGCGAGUAAAAACUAUGACUACGAUUACGACUCUCUGCAACCGUAUUUCUACUAUGACAACGAGGAGGAGGAUUUCUACCCUCAGCAGCUUCAGCCUCCGGCGCCGAGCGAAGACAUCUGGAAGAAAUUUGAGCUGCUGCCGACCCCUCCCCUCUCUCCCAGCCGCCGGCCGUCCCUGUCAAGCCUCUUCCCCUCCACGGCGGAUCAGCUGGAGAUGGUGACCGAGUUCCUGGGCGACGACGUGGUCAAUCAGAGUAUCAUCUGCGACGCAGACUACUCCCAGACCUUCCUCAAAUCCAUCAUCAUCCAGGACUGCAUGUGGAGCGGCUUUUCAGCUGCUGCCAAGCUGGAGAAGGUGGUUUCAGAGCGGCUUGCCUCCCUGCAUGCAGCCAGGAAGGAGUCGUCGUCGUCGUUGUCGGCUGCUGUGGUUGACAGCUCAGAGCCCGCCUGUGCAGCUACCUGGAGGUUGAACAGCAGCUACCUGCAAGAUCUGAACACAUCCGCAUCGGAGUGCAUUGAUCCAUCGGUGGUGUUCCCCUACCCAAUAGCUGAGACCCCCAAACAGAGCAUAGUGACGCCGCCUAGUAAGGAUUUGGGCUUGGACACACCACCAAACAGCGGCAGCAGCAGUUGUAGUGACUCAGAAGAUGAGGAUGGAGAUGAGGAUGAUGAUGAGGAAGAAGAAGAAGAGGAGGAGGAAGAAGAUGAUGAGGAGGACCAGGAGGAAGAGGAGAUCGACGUGGUGACGGUGGAGAAGAGGCAGGCGGUGAAACGGUGCGACCCAAACACAGCAGAGAGCAGGCAUCCCAGCCCGCUCGUGUUGAAGCGGUGCCACGUCUCCACCCACCAGCACAACUACGCCGCCCAUCCAUCCAUGAGGCACGAGCAGCCGGCUGUCAAGAGGCUGAAGCUGGAGAACAACAGCAGCAGCAGCAACAGUGGCGGCCACAGCAGGGUCCUCAAACAGAUCAGCAGCAACCGCAAGUGUUCAAGCCCCCGGACGUCUGACACAGAGGACUAUGACAAGAGAAGGACUCAUAACGUACUGGAGCGCCAGAGGAGGAACGAGCUUAAGUUGAGCUUCUUCGCGCUGCGGGACGAGAUUCCCGAGGUGGCAAACAACGAGAAGGCGGCCAAAGUGGUGAUCCUGAAGAAGGCGACAGAGUGCAUUUACAGCAUGCAGACGGACGAACAGAGACUUCUCUCACUCAAAGAGCAGCUGAGGAGGAAAAGCGAACUUUUAAAGCAGAGACUCACACAGCUGCAGGGCUCUCGUGCUUGAAAACAAAAGUUUUGAACCACCAUCAUCAUCACAGACAUUUUUUUGGCAUUUCGUUUUUUUAUGCAAGUUCAAUUUGUACAGUUAUUGUUGCAUGCAAAUGCAAAAAAAAGCGGAUUAAGUUUUUUGGAAUCGAGUUUGAUUUCAAUGUUGAAACUGCCUCAAUU